ACUGUCCAGGGUGGCCUGGGGCAUCUGAUAGCUCAGGGGCUGGAUUCUGUAAGGUUCUGUCCGCUUCCAUCUUGAUUCCUAAGGUUCUAUCUGGUUCCAUUAGGUCCUGUCUGGGUCCAUCUGGUGCCGUCCGGUUCUGGCCGGUGCCAUCAUGUUCCCUUAGGUUUCAUUUGGCUCCGACAGCUCUCCAGAGACCAGAGCAAUUGCAUCAGCUAAAGAAAUUUCCAGAAGUUCAUUCUUCCCCACUUCUGCAGGUCCCUGUGGAUUUGGGACCCAAUUCGUCCCUCCCACCCCAAAUCCCUGCACCCCUGGCUCUCCUCCCUGCCCCCUGCAGUCCCCGAAAGUGCUGUCCUUGCUGCCCACCCCCAGGAGCAGGCAGUGCCGCCAUGUGCAGCCCGGGCAGCGAGCGGCCUGGCAGGGAGGGUGUGUCCCAACUGAAGGCGUUCUGGUUGUAUCAGCUCCAACAUGGGAACCAGCUAAGGGUCUGCUUCCCUUGUUUUAAGCUCCUCUUCCUGAGCUUCAAGGAGUCCUUGAGGUCGGGAGACUGGGAAGAGGAGGACUGGGACCCUGAGCCGGUGCAGCACCGCUGGGCGGAGCCAGAGGAGGGGCUGUCCCUGGGGAUAGCCAGCGGGUGGCAGGGCGAAGGUCAGCCCGAACUGGAAGGGCUUGGGGACGGGGGCUCGGUCACCCUGGGGUCCGACCCUGAUGAGUCUGAAGAGCUGGGCCUGACGCCCACCGAGCAGACCCCGCAACGGGCACCCCUGGGCCUGGGUCCCCAGAAUGCUGACUGGACCCAGGGUCUCGCCUGGCGGUGGGGGGUUCCUACCUGCUCCCAUUGGAUGAGCCCCUGUGUCUUACCGCAGGGUUUUCCCGAAGAGUCCUGCCCCCAGCUGAGCCCAGGCUGUUGGAGGUGGUGGCCACCCGGGAGGUGGACCGUGCCCAGGCAGAGCUGGCUGCUGAGCCUGCAGGCCACGGCCAUGGCGGGCGGCCCUGCCGGCACCCUCCUCCCACACGUGUCGCCACGGUGGAUCCGGAGGGCCCCGGGCCCGGGCUGGGGCGUGCUGCUGGAGCCGGACGGCCUGUAUGUGCUGCAGCUCCAUCGCGCGUACCCGGGCCAGGACCCGAGCCCGUGGCGGCUCAGCCUCCUGGAGAGCUCCCGGCCGGCUACGGGGCCCAGCUUGUCCCCGAGGGCACGGCCCUGCUCCUGA